AUUAUUCUGACGCUAAUCAGGAAUUAAUUUGUGAUAUUGUUUACAAAUAUUUGUAACAUUUGCAAGUCGUGUUCUGAUCAGGAUUAUUUUACGUAUCGCAAAUCUUACUAACGCUUAAUUUACUUGAUUAAUCAUGCCGCAUCUCAUACCGCAAUUUUAUAAACGUGGCUUAUGUGUCUCAUUAUAUUUCUUUGUUUGUUUAAUUCUCAUUAUUAUGAAGAGUUACUUCUUGAGAGAAAUAAGCCAAUCGGCCAAACAUCAGCAGCCAACGCUUCACACUUCAAUUGCAGAUAAAAUAAUUAAGAAAAAUGUUGAAACAGAGAUCAAUUCGUUGCAAACUUCAAUUGCAGGCAGAAUAAUUAAGGAGAAUGUUGAAACGGAGAAUGUUGAAACGGAGAUCAGUACGCUGCGAAGAAACAAUUUCAAGGAUAAAAUUUUGCAGAAAAGUACGAUUAUGCUUCAACAAACUUCACAUAUCUGCGCGAGGUACGCUCUGAGGACUCGUCCUAUCAAAAGACAUUUCAUAUACAGUGCUAAACACAAAUCACUAUACUGUUGGAUCCACAAAGUCGCGUCGACCAGUUUCGUCAAAUUAUUCUCCGAUAUGAACCGCCAAUAUUUUAGCCGAUAUUUAUACAGAGAAGUGGACGCUCUAUCGCCAAAUAGUUUGGAAGAUCUGCAUCGCCUUGCUAGCAAUAACACCGUCUUCAAAUUGCUCGUCGUCAGGCAUCCCUUUCAGCGGCUAGUCUCGUCGUACAGAGACCGUAUUGAAGAUAGCAGCAGGUACACGGCACAAGCAUGGCUGUACGCUCGCGAGAUCUUUUAUCUCUCGAGACCACAACUCUUCCAUUUCAAUACAUCGAGUGGCAACGUUCUGCAGCGAAUAUUCUUCCCGAACAGAAGAUUGAAACUGGUACCCAGUUUCCGAGAGUUCCUGGUAUGGUUACUGAACCAACCGCCGGACACCGACGACAAUCACUGGGGUCAAUACUACACUCACUGUGCAGUCUGCAACGUCAGUUAUAGCUUUGUGCUAAAACUGGAUGAUUACGACAUUGAGGAAGUGAAUUAUGUUUUGUCAAAGCUGAGAUUGAACGGAGACGAGGUUUACUUGCCUAAACUGCAUCGUACUCAUAACGGAGUCACCGAUUUUAACGUAACGUGCAAGUAUUUCGGCAGCUUGACCACCGACAUGGUCCUGAGAUUGCAUGAGAGGUAUAAAAUGGACUUCGAGAUGUAUAAUUACAAGAUAGAUGACUAUCUGCAUUGCGCUAGACAAAAGUAAAUUAAUUCCGAUGUGGAAGACAAGAGAAUGAUAAAAUAUAGUACCAUUUGCUUUUUUUAAAAGUGUUAAAAAAUGUGUAUUUUCUUUUUAUAAUAAAUUAAACGUAAAGUAAAUGUCGAUUGAAUUCGGGCAAAUCUUCUAUUCGUUUCUGUAAAUUCUAUAAAAUUAUGAUCAAGAGAUAUAAAUAAAAAUAUAAAUUUAUUGUGUCCUUGUAAUGUGUUCAGAAAAAGCUAUUUUAAUGUAAUUAUGUAAUUAUGUAAAAAUGAGUAAUUUUUUGUAAGAUUAUUAAUAAACUUAAUUUUAAUUAGUAAUUUUUAUUAUUUAUAGUUCUUAGUUAUUUAAAUGAUUAUGGACAUAAUAUGUUCUUAUGAUAGAUGGAUGUUAACGUCUUAAACAAUGUAAAGAAAAA